CAUUGAUUAAUACAUUGUUUUCGAUCUAUCCUGCUUAACAGAAGCACGUGUGUGAAACAGUUCACCCGGUGCAUAUUUUACCGACUCGUGACAUUGAACGGACCCGGUCCCAUACAUUAUUCAAGCCGUGUGCAAACUGGUGCCGCUUCAUAGCCAAGGCACACCAAAAAAGGUCAAGGCUGUGUUCCAGUUUUCACCUUUUUUUUUUUGCUUACUAUUUUAUCAAAACAUGCGAUCGAGCAGUGAAGUAGUUAAACAAGGUUUGGAUGUGAUAAUGCCGCUGGCAAAACACAUGUUGGCGGGAAACACAACUUUUGGGUGCACUUUAAUGGAUUAGACAUAAGACGGGCCUCAGACAUUUGACAGAUGGAAAGGGACCGAUUAAGCCCCCCAAAAAAAAAAAGAUAAUCCCCUGGUGUUGCUUAAAUAUUUGAAACAAAAAAAUGCAAUAAAAAAACGCGAUUGUUAAAAUGUGCCGGGACACAGCAUAGCCCGCGCAAUACAAAACCGCUACGAAAGAUAAUCAAAACAAAACAUAAAACAACCAACAUUUGACACACACACGCGCGUACAUACACCAUAUAUUCAAUGACAGUUUUUUUCUUGCUUUCUUGACGUGUUGUUUCAAUGAGCUUGUGUUGGUUUCGUUGUUUUGUGCGAGAGACCGCGUACCGCGAGAGUUUCAGAAUGCACUAACACUAUUACAUUUUCCGCUGUGUUGACAGUUAGCAUUUUGGCUUGUUUAUUGGAUGCUGUUCUAAUGCAGAGUGGAUUAAAAAAUGAGUUAUGUUUUUCACUACAUUGGAACAAUUGUAUUAUCACAAUUAUGCCAUUUUAUGGAAUAAUAUACCGGUAACAUUACAACAUUACAAGCGAUGUAAACAAUGCAUUCCGUGCUCACGCACACACACUUGCAAACGAACGUUAAUUCGUUCGCUCUCGCUCUUCAUUUUGCGCCUGCUCUCUACAAACGCGGUUGGUCGCGCAGCACCUUCGAAAGCCCAGAGUGUUGCUGGGGAGUGUUGUCUGGUUCAUAUCGCCCAGAGCAAACGGGAAAACUAAGAUGGCUGUCUGUGCUGUGUGAAGUGCGAUUCCGUGGCCCCAGUGAGAAAUGGAGCAGUGUGUUUCAUAGAAUUGGCAAAAACCCGUUUCCUACAUUAACCAUAGUGGGAAGAACGAAAAUCGUCCUUCGAUAAAACACAAAUCGAAGUACAAAUUGUGCUUUUAUUCUGCCCACAUAAAAAAAACUCCAGCAAACGGCGGGGCACACCGUCAAGUGUACAGCAAAGCUACGCAAUCCGGAACGCCGUUGUUGUUCGUCGUCAUCGAAGGCAGAGGCAGAAACGCUGUUCUCCGGAACGAAGGCUUGAACAGAUCGCGGAUUUCUUGUACUAUGUCCAAUCUGUACGCCAAAAUAUCGCAACGCCCAAUGAAGAGAAAUGAGGAGCAAAUUUUUUCCGUCUUUCCGUACCACAACAUUGAGAUGUUCAAUGUGUUGGCCCCGUUCCAUCAGAACAGUGCUGGUGCUGGUGCCGGUGUUGCUGCCACCACUGCGGGUGGUCAAAACGUGCGGCUAGAGAAUAUGCAGGUGACGCAACCCUGCAGUGGACCGUCCUCGCCAACCAUUGCAUCGCCCGGUGCCCUUAGCUCCACCUCGUUCUGUUUGACCGGUGGUGGUGGCGGAAUCGGUAGCGGUGGCAUCGGCAGCAUCGGAUGCAGCGUGAUCUCCAGCACUACGGCAGCCGAUACGGCGGAUCCGAACUGGCAGGCCAACAAAUCGACCGUACGCGAACGCAAUGCCGCCAUGUUCAACAAUGAUCUGAUGGCUGACAUCCGGUUCAUCGUCGGUUCUGACGAACAAGUGCAAACGAUUCCAGCCCACAAGUAUGUACUAGCGACGGGAAGUUCCGUUUUCUACGCCAUGUUCUAUGGUGGGUUGGCCGAGAAUAAGCAGGAAAUCAAGGUACCGGAUGUGGAGCCGGGUGCGUUCCUAACGAUGCUGAAGUAUCUGUACUGUGAUGAGAUUCAGCUUGAAGCGGACAACGUGCUGGCGACGUUGUACGUCGCAAAGAAGUACAUCGUACCACAUCUGGCACGGGCGUGCGUCAACUAUCUGGAAACUAGUCUCACGGCGAAAAACGCCUGUCUGCUGUUGAGCCAGUCGCGCUUGUUCGAAGAGCCGGAGCUGAUGCAGCGCUGCUGGGAGGUGAUCGAUGCGCAGGCGGAAAUGGCCAUCAAGUCGGACGGUUUUGUCGACAUCGAUUUAAAAACGUUCGAAACGAUACUCGCGCGCGAAACGCUCAACUGCAAGGAGAUACAUCUGUUCGAAGCCGCUCUCAGCUGGGCACAUGGUGCCUGUACCAAAAUGGACAUCGAACCGACCUCGUCCAACAAGCGACAACUGCUCGGCCAAGCCCUGUACCUGAUACGCAUCCCGACGAUGACGCUCGAGGAGUUUGCCAACCGGGUGGCGCAGCUUGGCAUACUCACGAACCAGGAGACAAUCGACAUUUUCCUUAACUUUACCGCCAAGAACAAACCGAAGCUUACGUUCCCGGUGAAGGCACGGGCCGGGCUAAAGACACAGGUGUGCCAUCGGUUUGCGUCCUGUGCGUACCGUAGCAACCAGUGGCGCUAUCGGGGCCGCUGCGAUUCGAUACAGUUUUCCGUCGACAAGCGCAUCUUCAUUGUCGGGUUUGGGCUGUACGGUUCGUCGACCGGGGCCGCCGAUUACGAUGUGAAGAUUGAGCUGAAACGGCUCGGUCGGGUGCUGGCCGAGAACAGUACGAAAUUCUUUUCGGACGGUUCGAGCAACACAUUCCAGGUGUUCUUCGAAACGCCGAUCCAGAUCGAACCGGAAUGUUUCUACACGGCCUCGGUCGUGCUGGACGGGACGGAGCUUAGUUUCUUCGGUCAGGAAGGGAUGAGCGAGGUGAGCGUCGGUACGGUUACGUUCCAGUUUCAGUGUUCGUCCGAAAGUACGAACGGCACCGGCGUACAGGGUGGCCAGAUACCGGAGCUAAUCUUCUACGGUCCGAUGGGUGUGAGUCAGCAGAACAGCAUUCUAUCGGCCAGUGCCAGUAACAAUACGCUCAACAAUAAUCACACGAGCUCGGGAAGCCAUUCACCUGGUAAGGAUAAUAUGGUCAGCAAACAGGCGAGUAACAGUGCCGGCAGUGGCAAUAGCGUUCCAUCGACAACGACAUCAUCAUCCUCUUCCACUUCCGCACAUGGAGGAAGCGGGCUACUGCUAAUGGGAGCAAGCGGGAGUAGCGCAUCCUCGGCAAAUACGAAUGGCGAUCGUUCAAACGCAUCUCCGUACGGGAAUGGGGGCGAUAAUGAUGGUGUGACAGCAGCCAGCACCAACCAAGGGGUUGGUAUGCCAAACUGGCUACAACCAUCCGUUGGUGCGGUGCAACAGUUAUUGGCCAACAAUGGCGAAUCUGCUGAAUGAACUACAUUCUAACAUUCAGUUCCUCUCGCGGCUAAAGCGCGAGAGACAUUUUGCUUUGAAACAAAGAUAAAGAAUUGAAAUAGAAUGUGCAGAUGUAGCAAUGACCGGUGCACAGUCAGAGACACACACACAUACACGAUGGUAGUAAAUCAUCAUUAAAGUUGAACCCCUCACAACGCACAGUCAGCAAACAUUACAAAGCAAUUUCCUUAUGGUAUGCUUUGCUUUAUGUGAGACGAUCUUGGAAAAUUAAUCAUUACAAUUCACCCAUUGAUAGUACGAAAAAGUCUUAUAACAUUUUACUCUGUUUGUAGUAGUGUGGAUAGUCAAGUGUGGAUUUUUACAGGAAAUGAAAACGGUAGGCACACGUGGCGCAGGUGCAUCAAAUUUCUGCAUCGAUUCUACUAGAGCUUUUUUUGCGUAGGUCUUCCGAACUAUAUCUCGUUUGUUUUUUUUAAAUGUUAUCUUUGGCAUAUUUCUAACUCUGUCUUAAUAUCCACUUCUGUAGAUGAAAUUUAUUAGCAUUAAUAUAGUAGGACUACAAUUAGGUUUGCACUCUACGCAGCCCUCUUUCAAUAUUUGCGCGUGAGACGCUGUCUUUAUUUAUGACUGAGCUUUUGUUAGGUUGGAAAGUUUUUCGAUCGCUGAUCAUACAGCUAUUCUGAACGAAAUUUUAUUCCCCGCUUCCUUUUACACUUUUACAAUGGCUAUAUGUAGCGUACAGAUAAUUAGCGUAAGGAAUAGUAUAGUCUGAUCACAAGUAUCGUAACUCUCCGGAUUAGCGGAUUUACAACACAAAGAUGAAGUAGAUCAUAAGUAGAUCGGCUUGUGCCACAGAUCAGUGAGGGCGCGAAUGGAAGGAAGUGCAUCGACACAUGGCGUGUGAACAAAGAAAACGGUUUCCUUUUUAGCGUGUAAGUGAUAGCAAACAGCGAUAGGACUAAGGUGUGACAGAAACAGGAAAGAGCAUUAUAACAGUAACGUCUCAACAAGCAACACACAAUCCCGAGCAAAGUGCUCUUCAUUUGAUAUGGUAAAGGGAUUGAUGGUCCCUAUGCUUCAAAAGAAUGGAAUUUAGGUGAUCGUACAUCGCACAUGGUAAGCCCUUAAAGCAAACACAAACUUUACUAUACAUGUAAGUGAAACACGGAACCCCAAAAACGGACAUACUUUUUCGUUUAAAUUUAGUAUGUUAUCAUUUUCUAUUCCUUCUGUACAAGGCAAAGCCGUAGGUGCAGAAAAUUAAGGCAUACAAGUUAGUUGAAUUGGUUACAUUUGCUCACUUUGUUCGAUCGUUUAGUUUUUCGUGUUAUCAAAAUUAUAUUGAAUCAAACGUUUUUUGUUCGACCGGGUAGAUAAUUUCAGUUCAGUCAGACGGAUGUGCGUAAGUGGAUCGUAGUAAAAUGUUACUGCGAAUGCCUAGUGUCCUUAACUGAUGGCGUGUAGUACAGUGGAGGUGGGAAAAUCUACGAACAUACCAUUAUGGUUUUGUCGCAGACGAUAUUACUGAAAUGCGCGAUAUAUAUAUACAUAAAAAUAUAUUUAAAAAUUGAACCGAGAGACGAAUAAAUUAUAGUAGAUGCAUACUAAAUAA